AGCCUUCCUGGUCCAUCAGCAGCCUGCCUGUCUUCUAGGCACACAGGGUGCCAAGGAGCUGGCACCUUGGACCCCAAGUUCUCUGGCUCCUCGGCAAAAUUUCCUGCAGGACAGAAAUUCCACUUUCUGCCCAACUCUAAGACUAGCCCAUGGAAUCGGCCCUUCUCAAUUUCCAUUCCUGAUCUAAGAUUAAGAAAAUCCCAGUCAUUUCCAGCAAUGGGUUUCUCAGUUCCCUGGACAGCAGCCAUUCAGAUGAUGGUGCUAGCGCUGGCCCUCCAUUUCACUGCAGGGAACAGCCAUGAACCAUUGAUUGUCCUGGACAAUUAUGAGGACAAUGGAAUCAGAGUCACCUGUUUUUCUGAGACGAAGUUUUCUGAUGUGCAAUUGUUCUGGACAGACAGUAAAGGACACAAUCUUACUGGAAGUCCAAUCACCCCAACCUCCGACACAGAUGAGGCUCGUGCCAAAAGUUCGAUCCUUCUGAAAUCAGGAUCUGACAAUGCCAUCUCCUGCAACGUAAUUGAUAACGUGCUAAAGACCUCAAACGAAUCUACAGUUGUAAUUGCAGAUGUUUUCUUCCCUGCCACCUCCCCAUGGAUGACGGCCUUCAUUGUGAUACUGCUGAUUAGCAUAGCCCUGGUUAGCGCUGCGAUUUAUAAGCUGAAAAAAAAUAAUGAAACAACUGCUCUGGCUGUAAAUGACAAGAAAGCCAUUGAAGAUGAAACAAGGCUUCUCAAAAAAGAACUAGAGACUGAACACCAAAAAUCUCAACAAGCAAUUCAGGAAAUACAGGAGAAGUUUGAAAAAGCCAUGGCUGAGCUGGACUUCAGGAGGGCUCGUAGCAAUGCAGUUAACAUCACUCUGGAUUCUGACUGCAAACAUCCCAAACUCUCACUCAAGGAUAAAAAUAGGGUCGUUUCCACGGCAGAGAAGAAAGCCGUCAGGGAUUUGAUAGUGGUGGCAAAUGAAGGAUUUUCAGAGAAGAAACAAUACUGGGAGGUGGAGGUGGGGGACAAGCUAGAGUGGGAGCUAGGGGUGCUGACGCAGAAUGAAAGGGAGAAACUGAAAAAUGAGAAGAUGGAGAAACCUCCUGAGAAGGAAUACUGGAGUUUACGGCUGUCUGAGGAUCAAUAUCAUUGUAGUUGGAAAAGUGACACUAUCACCUCUGAGGAUAAAAAAUGCCAAGUGGUUGGCAUUUUUCUGGAUUGGGAAGAGGGAAUGAUCUCAUUCUACAAUGUAGAGCUAAUGUGCCCUGUUGUGUCCAUCACUCAAGAGUUUAAAGGAAAAUUGUACCCAUUCUUCAAUCCUGGCAAUGAUAAACAAUACCUAGGAAUACGCCCUGUCAGUGUCCCCAGCCCCUUAACUUCUCUCUGAAAUCAAACAUCAGAUCUAAUAGUUAUGGGAAUUUUAAAUUCACUCCGAGGAGCCACGAAACUUGAACCACUAUAGAAGAAAGGGAAGGGUUUAAUUAGUUAAUAUAGAAUCUGAGAGAAAGAGAGAGAGAGAAAGGGGGAAUGGUACAAUUUUGAUAUUUUUGAAGAUGGCCUAAAGGCUGAAACAGAUACUUCAUAGCCCCUGACCCGGGCAAGUUGCCAAUGAAAUGACCUGAGUAAAAACUACGACUGGUCAAAUGGACCAAUAAUUUUUCAGUAAAUAUUGACUUGAAUAAAAAAAAUGAAUAAAGGA